AAGAAAGGUCCAUUUAAAUUUGGAAGUAUCCCAAUUGUGGAAAAUUUGGCUUGUUCAACUAGAAAUUAAUUAUCCAUCGCGCAUGGAAGCUCGGAAGCUCCUCAGAGAGUUGGCUGAAUGAGCACGUCAAUAACCCAUCGUUUCCCCAUCUAUUCCUCUGAUUGAGAGCUCUUAUCAUCUGCGAAUUCUUUGACCGAUUUUCCCGCCUUUCAGUUUCCAUCACUCUCUCGCAGCGACUGAGGCUGAUUCCAGGUUUCUCAUGGCAGAAAAUCCAUCUGGGUUUGACCCUGAUCGUGUUCUUGCACACAAAUUUCCGGAGACAACAUCAAACUAUAGUGAAAGAGAUGUUGCACUCUAUGCUCUGGGUAUUGGAGCAUGUUGCCGGGAAGCCGUGGAUGCUGAUGAGCUGAAAUAUGUUUACGAUGAAAAUGGGCAAGAAUACAUCGAGGUUUUACCAACUUUUGCUGCUCUGUUUACGCUUGGAACUAUGGAAAGGGGUCUGGACUUGCCAGGGCUGUCGUAUGACCCGAAACUUUUACUUCAUGGCCAGCAAUACAUAGAAUUGUACAAGCCACUACCAUCAAGUGGAAAUUUGGAUAAUAAAGUCUCUCUUGCUGGACUGCACGACAAAGGAAAAGCAGCUAUCCUUGAGAUUGAAACCAAAAGUUAUGAAAAAAAUUCUGGACAACUAUUAUGCAUGAAUCGGACAACUCUUUUUCUGCGAGGUGCUGGCGGAUUCUCAAACUCUUCUCAUCCUUACUCCUACACAAACUACCGGAAAGAUCAAGAAUCAGUAGGAAGAAUUCCAAAAACACAGCCAUUUGCUGUGUAUAAGGAUUGCACUCGACCAUCUCAGGCAUUAUUGUAUAGGUUAUCAGGUGACUAUAACCCGCUUCAUUCCGAUCCUAUGAUUGCGAAAAUUGCAGGGUUCUCGAAACCAAUACUCCAUGGAUUGUGUACAUUGGGAUUUGCUGUGCGGGCUGUAAUUAAAUGCAUUUGUAAAGGAGACUCGAGAAAAGUAAAAUGUUUAUCAGGGAAGUUUCUUCUGCAUGUCUACCCAGGUGAAACUUUGGUCACGGAGAUGUGGCUUGACGGGUCCAGGGUAAUUUAUCAGACAAAGGUGAAGGAGCGAGACCGGAGUGUGUUGUCUGGCUACGUGGAUCUCCAUCAUGCAACUUCGUCACUGUAAAUUUAUUUUCAUCUUAUAAUAAUAAAUCUACUUUUUUUAUAUUAUAUUAUAUGUUGAAAAUAAAUAAGUUGACCCCUUGUUAUUCUGUUUUAGAGUCAUUGGAAUAAAGUUCCUUAACGCAUGUACUAAUGCAGUGAAUGGAUUCAUUAAUUUGCUUCUGAAUUUUCUUCAA